AUGUCCCAGCUGCUCCACGACAGGCGCGUUCCUCCAUACUAUGAAAGACCGCCCGUCCCAGCUAUGUCCCUCGCCCCCGCUCACAUCAGCCACUGGCCACAGUUCUACACCGAGCUCAGUCCCCAGCCGUCCUCUUUCACAGGAUAUCUUCCAGCUGCACAGAUUUCCGUACCCCAGUCGCCAUCGUACACAGUGUCGUGGCCGAACACCGCGACAUCAGGACCUUCCCACCUUCAGCAAAAUGUCAUCGUUCCCCGAAGCUCGGCCACUGGCCCAGACCCCCAUUCAUUGACGCACCAACAAUCACUUCUUUCUGACUUCCGCGCUACGUCGCAGCGAGCAGCGUUAUCGUGCUCUCCCCGUCUGGUACAGCAAGACACCGUCGCAUCCUAUGCCUUUGAGCUGGAUCGCGUUCGAUCCCCUUCAUCGCACGCAUCCGCAUCAGACUUCGGCGCGAGCGAGCGUGAAGAUGUGAGAGCUUGGGAUGGCUCUUCGUCUUCGUUAGAAGAGAUAGGGUUCUCGACAACCGACAUCGGAGAGCUGGGGGUGACUGGGUCGUCCAUAGCAAGCGAGCGGGCAGACGAAUACACGGAGUCAUCGCGUUCAGGAUCACGGCACUCUUCCGUACCCGUAUCUAUCACCGCCAGCACUUCUUCCUCGUCACGUACUUCGGUCAAAGUCGAGCCAGAAGACUUAGAUGGCCGAUUCAUCAUGGAGCUCUCCGCCUUUCGUUCUCCAUCGUCCGGCCAGGCAUCAUCAUCUACGGCUUCGACAUCUUCUCUGACUGCUGUCGCCUACAACAGCAGCCUCCUUAGUCAAGCACUGGCACCGCCGACAGAAGUACCUUUGCGCGCCACCCAAGCCUCCAAAGAAAUGCGCCGGAUGAUGGGCGUCUUCCGUCUCAACCCAUUCGCCAUGCACAGCCUCAGCAUGGGUACCAACGGAGAUGGUGACGACUACAAUGGCUUAGGUUCUCCGACUUCAGCAGGGGCAGCGCCAUGGUGUGGCGGAGAGGCACGUCCGUUGGAAGAGGAGCCAGUGAUGCUCGAGUUUCAGUUGGAUAUAGUGGGGUUGGAUGAGGUUGAUCAAGACGGCGUUGAACGUGUGGCAUCGCCUUUCCCAAGCCUGGAAGCCAAGGCAGAGGUGGAGUUACGCUCAUUUUCUCCGAGUUUCCAGCUUCACCACGACGAUGUCGACAUUGACGCCCAAGCGCAUUCGUGCGACAGUCGUGAUGCUGAGGCUGAAAAUCGUCAGGACAUCCAAAGCUGCAGGGGCUCCGAGUACGGGCAGGGCCAAGAUGGACGGCCUGGAGUCUGGGAAGAGGACAAUAGCGGGAGCCAUCCAGACAUGAUCAGCACGACCACGCGUUUAGUGCCAGCUUCCUUUGCGGAAGUCGCCAAUGUCUCCCUUCGUCAGCCAGAGGCGCAGCACGGAUACGUCCCGCAAGUUCCGUCGUCUUCUUUACGGCGUCUUCCUUCGCCUUCGUUAUGGGACGCUAUCACGGAAGACUAUCGACGUCAAGCCGAGGGAGUCUCCGACAGGGAGAUGUCUGCGCCUGCGAUCUCGAAGGCCGACUUCGCUCAUCAACGAGUGGCUAAGCUGCACGCUACGACCUCCCACCCUUACCUGAGAAGAGGAAGUCUGCAACAUCACCCCACACCGGUACAACCCUCGCAUGCAACCUUCGAGACGCGCUUAAGCCCGCGCCCCAUUCCAAUGCAUGCGUCGCCUGCCACAAUGCUCCUCAAUAUGCCUACACACCAUUCCCAACCUCACACCGAGGCAAAUCAAUACCAUCAUCAGCCGCACGCAACAAUAGAGAACAACCACUUCCAUCCUCCACAGCACAUUCGACCACCUCAUCCGAGUCACUUGGCCCUGUACGGAGGUGGCCUAGUACCCACGCUGACGGAUACCGUGUCGACGGUCGACACUUUCGAUCGCGCCUCGGCUUUCAAGCAGCCAUCCUCUUCGUAUAUGCGCCUCGAAAGGGGUCUGCAAGACCACCGAGCCAGCCAGGAUGGUCGCAAUGCAGCGCAUGGUACCAUCAUUGUCACCAACAGUGCGCAGGCGGGAGGGUACGCACCAUCGCCGGAUGAGGUCUCUAUGGUGUUUGGUUCCACCACCGAGACCCUUCAUCGUCAUCCUGGAACUUUCACCUUCGCCGCUGCCGCGAACGCCCGAAGGUGGUCGCUACCGGAGACGAGCGUGACCUUAGCUAAUGGGAGAUUAGAGGGAAACGUGUGA